AUGCCUUUACUGUCUUUUUUUCCCAAUGAUGAGCACACACUAGUAUCGAAUAAUACCAGUCAUACUGCCAUAAGCAUCAAAAAUAGAAGAUUAUCUUCUGUUAAAAGAUUUGGUAAUAGAAAAGUCGAAUAUACUACUGAAGAAGCACUAUCCAAUUGGACAAAGACAUGGAAUCUUUUAAAACAAUUAGCAGAUAUUCUGGCCCCGUCUAAAAAGGUUGGCAUGAAUCGUUUGGGGGUUCCGACAAGUGAUGAUUCUUUUUAUGGUGUCAGUACUGAAUCGGAUGCUGAUACUGAUGCGAUAAGUUUUUUCACAACGAAAACUUCAUUAAGCAAUAGUAAAAAUAAAAAAACAGUUGAUAAAUCCCCAAUUUGUGAGCUUUUCCCUAAAAAAUCAAAUAUUCAAAAUUUUAAUUUUACUUCAGUGACUCCAUGUUCAAUGAAUAUUCAUUUAAUGGAAAACCCAAUCCAAUUAGAAGCAUUACCAAAUGGAAUGAUCUCUUCUACUCUAUCAAAUAAGCAAGCAUUUCAAACAGCUAUUAAUAACCAGAAUAGUAUUAUUAAUACUAAUACUAACACCGCUACUAAUAAUAAUAGUAAUAAUAAUAAUAACACUAACACGAAUCUACCUUUACCUAUCUCACCCCAAAGUAAUAAUUCUCCAACUGCUUUAGACCACAAGCUAACACCACAAUCUACUAUUUCAUCAGGUACAGUAAAUAGUUUCUUAAACUUUAUUACUAAAACCAAUGGCAAUGUCAAUUCUAACUCUAAUUCCAGUUCCAAUUAUCAAACUUCAACAUCAGAAAGGGAUGAACCAGGUUUGCUUAUAUGUCAUUAUUGUGAUGCGACAUUUAGAAUUAGAGGUUAUUUAACUAGACACAUUAAGAAACAUGCUAUCGAAAAGGCUUACCAUUGUCCUUUCUAUGACAAGAAUCUACCAUCAGAAUUAAGGUGUCACAACUCAGGUGGGUUCUCUAGACGUGAUACAUAUAAGACUCAUUUAAAAGCAAGACAUUUCACUUUCCCUGAUGGUAUCAAAGCACAUAACAGGAAUAAGUCUGAUGGCCAAUGUUCCCAUUGUGGCCAACAUUUCAUCAACGCUGAUGAUUGGAUUAAUAACCACUUGGAGACGGGAAAAUGUGUGAAAUUGCCUGAAGAAUAUUUGAUUAAAUUGAAGGAAAAGUCUAACAAUAAGAAAAGAACACAUCAUAAAUUAAAAAUGAUUAAGACUUCUACAGGCCAUUCAAGAUUUGUAUCCACUGCAGAGAGUGUUAUUGAACAAAAAGUUUUCCAGAAUAAAGAGGCUCUAGAAGCAAUAGCUAUUGUAGCAGGUGAUUCAAUGAACAACCAUGUUUUAUCAAAGAACGAUGAGAAUCAGUUCGUGUUAAAUUCUGAAAACUUUGAGGGCCAUAAAAAACCAAAGAAGAAGUAUAAACCAAGAAGGAAUAAGCAGAUGAUAAAUAGCGAUAUAGGCAAGGCUACUACUAAGGAUAACAUUAGUAAUACACCAAAGUCGAAUCUAGAUAGUAUUAGUCCACACAGUCACAUUUCUAAUAUUGAUGAAUUAGAUCUGUCUUGUAUCAAUAAUAAUGGUAAUAAUGGUAAUAAUAAUAAUCAAACUAUGAAUGGAGUUCAUUCAUUCAUUACUUCUCCGAAUAAUUCAAUGUUUUCUAGUAUCACUGCUACAAACAAAAAUGAUAACAAUCCUGUUACUAUAUCUCUUCCGAUGAAUAUAAAUGAUAGCAGUUAUCUGGAACAGCAAGGUUCUUUGGUUAGUAGUUCAGUAAUAAAUACAUUUGCCCCUAUUACUGCUACAUCUUCAAUAUCAUCUAUGUCUUCUGUAUCGUCAAUAUUUUUGGAGCCGUUGGAUAUAGAACAGCAAUCUAUGUAUGAACCAUUUGAAGAAGCCACAUUGCAUGCCAUUCCUAAUACUCAUACUAACGAUAUUUCGCAUGUCAACAUGAAUAAGUUGAAAACUGUUCCAAAUAAUGAUGCAGGUGAUACAUUUGGGAAGGGUAUGGAUUGUAAUAAGUUGAAUGAAAUGCAAAUGAAAGAGACAAGACAGUAUUUAAAUUUUUAUAACUUUUUUUUUGGUUCUAAUUUAUGA